AUGCAGCUGAAUAAUAAUGUGACUGAGUUCAUCCUACUUGGGUUGACAGAAGAUCCCAUCAGGAAGAAAACAGUGUUUGUCACCUUUUUGCUUUCUUACCUGGGGACUUUACUGGGGAACUCGCUGAUUCUUGUUACCAUCAGGACGAGCCAGGCACUUAGGAGUCCGAUGUACUUCUUCCUUUUCCACCUGUCCCUGUCUGAUACCUGCUUCUCCACCUCCAUUGCUCCUAGAACCAUUGCCGAUGCUCUUUUGAAGACAGCCACUAUUUCUUUCAGUGAAUGUAUAAUCCAGGUCUUUACAUUCCAUUUCUUUGGAUGCCUGGAAAUCUUCAUUCUUGUUCUCAUGGCUGCUGACCGCUAUGUGGCCAUCUGUAAGCCCCUGCACUACAUGACCAUCAUGAGCCACCAGGUCUGUACCAUCUUGGUGGCUGUAGCCUGGGUGGGGUCCUGCAUCCAUUCCUUAGCUCAGAUUUCCCUUGCUUUGAGUUUGCCUUUCUGUGGUCCCAAUGUGAUCGAUCACUAUUUCUGUGACUUGCAGCCCUUGUUGAACCUCGCCUGUGCAGACACCUAUGUGGUCAACCUACUCCUAGUCUCCAACAGUGGCGCCAUUUGCACAGUGAGUUUUGUCACGUUGAUGUUCUCCUACGUGAUCAUCCUGCGUUCUCUGAGAAACCACAGUGCUGAAGGGAGGAAAAAAGCCCUGUCCACCUGCAUCUCUCACAUCAUCGUGGUCAUCUUGUUCUUUGGUCCUUGCAUAUUCAUAUACACCCGCCCUGCCACCACUUUCCCUGUGGAUAAGAUGAUAGCUGUGUUUUAUACGAUUGGAACACCUUUGCUCAAUCCUCUGAUUUAUACACUGAGGAAUGCAGAAGUGAAAGCUGCCAUGAGAAAAUUGUGGAGCAAGAAGUCAGUCUCGGAUGGUAAAAGAUGA